AUGACUGUGACUCUUCAGGACUUGUCCAUGAUCCUGGCACUCCCCAUCGGCGGGGAACCGGUAUGUAUCAAUACGGCCUCUUCGGGAUGGCGCCAGCAGAUGGCGGAUCUUAUUGGUAGGGCACCGGAGGUCCCUGAGGACCCCGCUAACGACAGAGUGCCAGCGGGCGCAACAUACACUUGGAUAGUUGAAAACUUCUCCGAGUGCCGCGAGGAUGCUGCCAUCGAGGUGGUUGAGCAGUACGCACGAGUAUACGUGUGGUAUGUCAUCACACGCACUCUGUUUGCUGACGGGGAUGGCAGGGCAGCUCAAUGGCAUUGUCUGAAGGCCUUGACCGUAUGGGACUCCAAUUGGAGCUGGGGCACAGCUGCACUUGCCUACCUUUACCGGCAGUUGGACGAUGCUUGUCGUCGGAGCAAACCAGACAGCGGCAUAGGUGGUCCACUGCUUCUACUGUCUGUUUGGAGCUGGGAACGCUUCCCCGUUGGACGUCCGAAAACGUUGGCAUUCAAUGAUUGGGACGAUCACGAAGAUCCACUGCGGAGACCCACUUGGGCUUACAAGUGGGACCGUACGAGAGAUAACUGGAACAACAGUAAACUUCUGUACAAGCAGUACACGAACGAGUUCGACACUUUAACCCCUGAGCAGGUGGAAUGGCAGCCAUAUGGUAGUGGGGACGAUUUCGGAGUCCCAUUCGAUUAUGAGCUAAACCCGAAGUGCUUGGAAGAAAGACAUCUGUGGUUGAUGCGAUGUCCAAUGAUAUGCUUGUGGGCGGUUGAACUUCAUAACCGCAUCGUGUGA